AGUUGUACUAUAUUUGCUUCCCCGACCAAUGCAUAACGGAAGUGCUUGGAAAGUGCAAUUUACAUGACUUUUGUACUUGGAUCCUUUUUUAAAAAUUAGUUUUUGCCUGAAUUCUCAAUGGUCACAAUAUCCGCAUUAAAAACAUUUACGACUUCCGAGUCGUAUUCUGCAUGCGGCUCGGCACCCGCACCGUGCAGCUGCGGUGGCGUGUUUAAGUUUGCCGUCUAUUGAUGGGUCCAACGUAAAGAUAAUCAGAAUUGACUGAAUCGAAUCUUUCUGAUGGACUUCGGGCAGUGACCUUUGAUGAUUUGUGAAGUGGGCGUUUCCAAGAUUCAGAAUGUGGGGCAUUUGCAGCAGAAUGGUCAAGGCGGGCGUUGCGAAACCCGGUGGCUUGGUCAAACCUUGCCACUUGGUGAAGCCAGUUUCAGCAACCCGGAUCGCUGGGAGAUACUUGACCCACCAGAAGGGGUUGCCGACUUUGCCCGUUCCCCCUCUGCAGCAGACCUUUGAGCGCUACAUCACAGCUCUGGAGCCCAUCGUGGAGGUGGACGAGUUGAUGCACACAAAGGAACUUGUGAAUGACUUUCAGAAACCUGGGGGUGUUGGUGAAAAACUGCAGCGAGGCCUGGAGAGGAGAGCGCAAAAUGCAGAGAAUUGGUUGUCAGAAUGGUGGGUGCAGGUCGCUUACCUUGACUACCGUUUGCCGGUGGUGAUCCAUUCGAGUCCCGGCUUGGUUUUACCUCGAAUGAACUUCAGUGAUAAGCAGGGACAAAUCAGGUUUGCUGCCAAACUGAUUUCAGGUGUUUUGGAAUUCAAGACAAUGAUUGACAACGAGACCAUCCCGGUGGAGUACCUGGGAGGGAAGCCGCUGUGUAUGAAUCAGUACUAUGAAGUGCUCUCGUCCUGCCGCAUCCCUGGUCUGAAGAGGGACGCUGUGGUGAAUCACGCAAAAAGCUCCAGGCCCCCGAAACAUAUCACCGUUGUCCACAAUUUUCAGUUCUUCAAGCUGGAUGUUUACAACAGUGAUGGAACACCGCUGACCACCGAACAGCUCGGUGUUCAGCUGGAGCGGAUCUGCGAUGCCUCCAUAACGCCCAACGCGGAGCCCGUGGGCAUCCUCACCACCCAACAUCGUGACACCUGGGGCAAGACUUACGCUGACCUCAUCAAGGACCGGACCAACAAAGAGUCGGUGCUGGCUAUUCAAAGGAGUAUCUUCACGCUGUGUUUGGAUGGGCCGAUGCCUCGAGUGCCGGAGGACGCUUAUCGCAGCUGCGCGGCAGUGCAGAUGUUGCACGGAGGCGGCAGUUUGUGGAACAGCGCCAACCGCUGGUUUGACAAAACACUGCAGUUCAUUGUCGGGGAAGACGGGACAUGCGGGGCCAACUAUGAGCAUGCGCCGGCAGAGGGCCCUCCCAUUGUCGCUCUGAUUGACCAUGUUGUGGAAUACACGAGGAAGCCAGAGAUGGUUCACUCUCCUACUGUGCCUUUGGCUAUGCCCCGAAAGCUCCACUUCAACAUCACCCCCGAGAUCAAGAAGGAUAUCGAAGAGGCCAAACAGAAAAUGAAUGAACUGGCUAAUGACCUGGAUAUGAGGGUUAUCGUGUUCUCUCACUUUGGAAAAAACAUUGCAAAAGCCCACAAAAUGAGCCCCGACGCAUUCAUACAGGUGGCACUGCAACUGGCUUACUACAGAAUGUAUCAGCAUUGUUGCGCCACCUAUGAAAGCGCCUCCCUGCGCAUGUUUCGACUCGGUCGCACCGAUACGAUCAGAUCAGCCUCGAGUGCCUCUGCUGCUUUUGUGAAGUCCUUCGAUGAUCCAAACAAGCAGAACACCGAGAAGGUGGACCUCUUGGAGAAAGCCGUCGUAGCACACCGGUCAUAUACCAACCUGGCAAUCAGCGGUCAAGCCAUUGACCGACAUCUACUUGGGCUGAAGAUGCAGGCUGCCGAAGAAAAGAUCUCCAUUCCCGAUGUCUUCAAAGAUCCCUCCUAUGCCAAAGCCUUACACUACCGUUUAUCUACAAGUCAGGUGCCGUCCAAGACCGACUGCGUCAUGUGUUUUGGCCCCGUCGUACCGAACGGCUAUGGCGUCUGCUACAAUCCCAUGAACGACCACAUCAACUUUGCCAUAUCGUCUUUCAAUGGGUGCCAAGAAACGAACGCGGCCGAUUUGGCUCGCGCUAUGGAGCGCGCGCUCGUCGACAUGAGGACACUGCUGGAACAAACUCCCAGAGCCAAACUGUGAUGCUCGCUCUCGAUCGCAAAUCAGGUUUAAUUGGUGAGCGCCAGGGAACAAAAAAUUUGAAGGAGGCGGCCUCGUUUCACAGGUGAUAAAAGUCCACACUUUUUAGAGAUGAUUUUUUUGCACAUCGUGAAUCUUGUCCAAUGAUCGCUACUGUUAAAAAAAAAAAUCCUAAUUGAACACGAAUAAGUAACGUACUUGUAGUUUGUCUGUGAACAGACGCUUGAAGCACAGUCAACCAUAAAAGUCAAAUUGGUGACGUUUAAAAUGCCUGAAAAUAUCGCAUGUCACAGAAACG